GACGAGAGGAAGUGCAACUACGAGCGCUACCGGGGCCUCGUGCAGAACGACUUCGCCGGCAUCUCGGAGGAGCAGUGUCUCUACCAGAUCUACAUCGACGAGCUCUACGGGGGGCUCCAGAAACCCAACGAGGACGAGAAGAAGAAGCUGGCGGAGAAGAAGGCGUCCAUCGGCUACACGUACGAGGACAGCACGGUGGCCGAGCUGGAGAAUUCCCUGGAAAAGCACGCCGACGAGGAGGACUCCGAGGAGGAGAGCAACACGGACGAGGACGAGGUCAUCCCCGACAUCGACGUGGAAGUGGACGUGGAUGAGCUGAACCAGGAGCAGGUGGCCGACCUCAACAAGCAGGCCACCACGUACGGCAUGGCCGAGGGCGACUUCGUCCGGAUGCUGCGGAAGGACAAGGAGGAGGCGGAGGCCAUCAAGCACGCCAAGGCGCUGGAGGAGGAGAAGGCCAUGUACUCGGGCCGCCGCUCCCGGCGCCAGAGGAGGGAAUUCCGGGAGAAGCGCCUGAAAGGGCGGAAGAUCAGCCCUCCCAGCUACGCCCGCAGAGACAGCCCCACGUACGAUCCCUACAAACGGUCUCCCUCGGAAUCCACGUCGGAGUCGCGCUCGCGCUCCCGCUCGCCGUCGCCGGGCCACGAGGAGAAGAUCACCUUCAUCACGAGCUUCGGCGGCAGCGACGAGGAGGCGGCGGCGGCGGCGGCGGCCGCGCAGGCCGGCGGCGUUCCCGGGAAAUCCGCCGCGCUCGGGAAGCAGCGCUGCGCUCCAGGACAGCCGGGCAGCGCCGCGGCAGGUCAUAGCGCCUCUUCCCGGUCGGUAACUCUUCCCAUCCGGCUCCCUUUCCCAAUCCCUAAGCGCAGGGCUGGCUCCGCUCGGACACGGUCCCGGCAUCCGGGGCGCUUCUCCAAGGGGGGGGACAGUGGGUGGCCCCACGGCCGGGGGAGCCACAUCCGAGGAUCGGAGCUGGGAAGGGGCUGCAUCCGUGAUCCCGCAGGGCUCCGGGAUGCUCGGAGAAUCCCUGUUCCUCCCGCUGCCGGCRGACCAGGAAAACGGGAGCAGGACUGGAGGGCAACUGCUCCGAGAGGGACUCGGUGGCACCUCAGGGUGGAGGAUUUGGGAAGCAGAUUUGGGAAUCGGAGCUUGCCCUACGCCUGCGUGCGGCUGUUCCGGGGCCGGAGACGCUCCUCGUCCUCCUCCUCCUCGCCGUCCUCGUCGUCGUCCUCCAGCUCCCGCUCGAGCUCCCGCUCGUACCGCGGCGGCUACCGCCGCUCCGGGCGCUACCGGCGCUCGCGGAGCCGCCGCUACUCCCGCUCGCGCUCCCGCAGCCGCCGCUAUUCCAGGGGCGGCUCCCGGGACGGCCGCCGCCGCUCCCGCUCCUACUCGCCGGAUCGCGGCUACCGCUACGGCUCCCGCCGCCGCUCCAGGAGCCGCUCGCGAUCCGGGGAGCGCUCCCGGCGGAGCAGCCGCUGGAGCCGCCGCUGGAGCAGCAGCGGGAGCAGCGGGAGCGACUCGCGCAGCCGCAGCAAGUCGGCGUCUCCGGCGGCGCGGGAGAAGCCGCUCCGGCCCGCCGCGUCCCCGGCCCUGGGGGAGAAGCUGAAAAAGUGGGUGCCGGGGGGCCGGGAAGGGCGCCGCCGGCGCCGCCUCGCCCUCAUUCCCGGUUUUUCCCUGCUCCCAGGGCUGAGCCUGCCGCUGGUAAAGAGACAGGAGCUGCCAAAGUCACCCAAGCUGACGCCRCAGGAGAAGCUCAAGCUCCGCAUGCAGCGGGCGCUCAACCGGCAGUUCAAAGCCGACAAGAAGGCGGCGCAGGAGAAGAUGCUGCAGCAGGAGCACGAGAGACAGGAGCGCGAGGAUGAGCUGCGGGCCAUGGCCCGGAAGAUCCGCAUGAAGGAGCGGGAGCGGCGGGAGAAGGAGCGCGAGGAGUGGGAGCGCCAGUACAGCCGGCAGAGCCGCUCGCCGUCGCCGCGAUACA